AUGGAUCAGUUGAACGCCAUUUUCAAACACUUGGGAACGCCUAACGAUAAGAUAUGGCCCGAGUAUUCAGAGCUGCCGUUAGUGAAGAAAGUGACGUUCGCUGACCACAAGUACAACAAUAUGGCCAACCGUUUAGGACAAAAGCUCACGAAUAAGGGCUUUGAUUUACUCAAUCGAUUCCUCACUUACUGUCCGAGUCGUCGAAUCACUGCCGACGAAGCGUUAAAACACGAUCAACAGUCGGCUAACUCACUGUCCCGUAACUCACAACUGGCCGGCGAUCACUACGAGAAACUCAUUGAAGGCCAGGGCUUUCACAUGCGUUCACCCGUUGACGGAAAGGCAUCCAAAGGCGAAGGGUUUGCCCUUAAAUUCUGA